CCCACACAAAAGACCGCUAGUAGUUGUGUUGGAACAAGAAGAAAAAAAAAGAUCUGACAGCAGGAAACUAGCAAGAGUUGCACAUCUUCACACAGAACUUGAAAAAUGUCGGAUAGCAUCGACGCUGAAGCGGACGCCAACCGCGAGCCGUGGCUGGCGACGCCGUCUCCUCCGAGGUCCGCGGACUCAAUUAUCCCAACCACACCGCCGGCGCAAAACGUCCAGGUUUUCCCGGAAGACCCGUUUUUUACCACCGUGUCCCCCCUAAACCCGAUGGCGCCGCUGAGCGAGCCCCGUUUACCCCCGCCCGGAGCGUCCGCAGAGGAUAACAUCAGUCGGGAGGAACUUCUUCUAGUACCCAAUAGCGACUCCCCCACCGGGACUACAGGUAAUACAAUGGGCGGUGUGUUUAAUACCCCGCCACGGGAUGGUAGUGGAAAUAAAACCCUCGUCAAGGUCGCCGCGCCCAUCGCCUCCCCGGCAAAAAAGCCGCAGGUGAAGCCGCUUGCCGCGCCGGCGGUUCCGCCGGCGCCCGAUAGCAUGGACGUCGACGAACUGUUGCUGAGCACGGGAAGAAAUCCGCUAUUGAGUAGUGCGGAACAACAUCAUUUUAUCCCAGAUUCACCGGAUACAAGCGCGUCGAAGAACUCCGUCGCGUCUCCGCCGCCGCCGGAACAGAGCAUCGGUACGCCGGUCAUUGAGGAAAAAGUAAAAAACACCCAAGUUGAGGUUGAAGACGACGAUCGCGACGCCACCGUUGCAGAAAAAGCAGAAGCACUCCAACAGCAAGUGGACAAGAGCAACCACAGCCCGGACGCGAACUCGGUCCUGGCGGACGGGUCUCUGGAGGGCUUCAAAGUUGUGGACGGGGUUUUCCAGAAACGAGACUUGCUUUCCCCGAACAAAACCGGCGCGGACGAGGAGUUAUUGCCCAGCAAACAGCCUCUGAUCCAAGUCGAGGGCGACGCGUAUGUGAGUUGCCCGGCGGUUGCCGCAACGGUCCGGCUGCACGAAGAGCGGGAAAACAAUCCGGAACACGUCGACUCCGGGCUCUCGAUCCGCGGGUUGCAAGAACCGGUUUCGCAAUUUCACUCCUCAUCCGUGGUUUCCGUCGACGGUGCAACAGCUCUCGUUGCUGGUGAACAAAGCCAGUUGCAAGCCGUGUCGGUGCAGCUCUCGGAUGUAGUGGACCAUGAUUUAUUGUCAUCCGGUGUUUCUACUGUUUUGUCCUCACACGGUGGUACUCCGGUAGUUGCCACGACGACAACAAGCGCUCUUCUCGUAGAACAACAGCUGCCGAGUGGAACGUCGAGCACGAGCCGGAGUGUGUUGCUGCUUCUGCCCGCAGGUCGGGUCAUCGCCCCGGGUGAGGCGUCUUUGUCGCCCAGGGAGGACCGCAAAGAGCUACCGAAAUCGCCAGCAAAAAACAAGAAUGCGACUACUUUGAUGCGAAGUCUGGUCAACGGUGGAACAACUAGAUCUCACCAGGGCUCAGCACUGAAUAGUAUGUAGUGAGGUCACCGAACGGUUCUAACCGGGGAGUUUUUUUGACACCCAGCCAGCAAAACGACCGGCAGUUUUCAAGCGGGCGGGAGUGUUUUUUUACAUAAAAGAUUUUCAAUUAUCAAGCGGGCGGGGCUUUGAAGUCAAACAAGCCCGGUCGAAAACUAUCGAUCCCCGCUUGAUAAAACGACGCAGGGGAGCCGCCAAAAGGGGCGCCCUUCUGAGGCGCCCACCGCCUUAGUUUCUGGCGGUUUGGGGCGCCUAGAAAGGGACGCGCAAAAAACGCGCCCAAAAUCAGAACAGCGAAACAGCAUGGCACGGCCGCGAUUUCGGAGCAUUUUGGGCGGCCGCGAAAGCGGCCGCCUUUUCGCCGGUUUCAGAGCCUGGGAAGCUUUGCAAAAAGCGCCGGCGUGAAAAAUAAAAACGCGAAAAAGAAAAAGUGCCCCAGACGCGCAAAGCCAAUCCGCAUGCUAUGGGCCCGAUUUUUCUUCGCUUUUUGGGCGCCCCCCGUGGCACCCGGAUCGGCCCCAUAGCAUGGGGGCUGGCUUUCGGAAAGGAAUUUCGGGAAUUUGCCAACAUUUGCGACGUUUAUCGAGCGGCCGCCAUACCGUGUUGCCUAACAUUACUCACGGCGGUAUGGCGGCCCCAGAAAAAGCAAAGCCGCGGCCAAGGCGACGGCCGGCAAGAAAACGCCCACGCACGACCUCACUACCUCCGCCCCGGCGGCUAUAUUUGGUACUGCCGGUGUUUCGUCCACCACUACGAAUAAAGCCACCUCUACAACUCAUCUCCGCAAGCCGUUUGCGAAGCCUAGCGUGGUCCCAGGGAAUAGUACCACGCAAACCCCGAGGGGCACAACUUCCUCGGCAGGAACAUCAAAGAGUCUGGUGAAAGGAGGUCCAACACCGACGAAUUCUGUUUCGCGGUUAGCACCGUCUGGAGCAGGAGGUUUGAUGCAGUCUGCAACCAGUAUGGGUUCUACCGUGUCUGCAAAAAGCGCGGUCUCGAGUGCACCCCUCUCGGAGUUGAAAACGCCCACGGAGGCACAAGUCACGGAACUGUUGAUAUCAAAAUGAAAAAUCCCCCCUCCCCAUACCAAAACGGAAAUUUGUGAUGCUGAUUUGUGACCACAAAUCAGCUUUGUACUGCAGAGAGGCACUGCGGCCAGAUCCCCAGGCUAGGUAAGGGCGUAUGGGUCUAGUAGUUCAGCAUGGCAAACGGCCCCCCUUUAGGCCCAACAGCAUGACAAACCGCAUCCAUAAUGGGGCGGAAGCUUCUGCCCUUGUCUUCUUGCAAGACAGAUGUGAUUUGUGGCCUCAAAUCCGCAACGCAAAUUUUUGGAAAUAUACCUUUUCAAUAUGGGGAGGGGGGAUUUUUACUCACAAUAGUUGAACAAACCGAACUCUCCGACCACCUCUGAAGCGGUGAACCACAGUAGCAACCCCUCGCAAUCGCAACUGCAACGUCGGCGCGCCUACGACCAGCAGCGACGUCAAUCAGGCGGCCCGACCAAGCACAGCCCCGCCGUUCGGCCGGCGCAAAAGGGGAACCCGACUUACGUCGCAUCUGCUUCGACCACUUCCACUUCUGCGAUUUCUACUGUAGGAAGUACCAAAAUCGCGCCCAUAGUACCCGGCAAAGGCAAGGACCUGGCGAAAACAAGUUUGCGUGUGGACGAGCCCUCUGAGGUCGCGACCGCGAUGAAUGCAGGUCCUUCUGAUGCUGUUCUUUCAUCUUCCGCGUCUCCCUUGGCGUCUCCUCGGGCGGCGUUGCAAAACGCACCGUUGACGCCAGGACAAAAGCAGGUCAACAAGAACGUGAAAAAAGCGACACCGAAAGUUUCCUCGAAUCCGCGACUUCUAUCCGCAACUCCGCUGGAUCAUGAGCCGAUGUCCGCCACGAGUUCACUCGUUGUGCCGACGGUCUCUGGAUCUAGCGGGAAGCACGACAGCAAGUACCACCAUUUGCGCAAGCGGGUGGAGCUAGAGGACGCCGGGCGGCUGUCGCCGACAAACGCUGGCGUUAACAAGGGAACCACAGUUGUACCAGUGGAGAAUGUACGUCGGGUUUCCGCAGCGGAAGGUACCAGGAAAAGGCUUUUCUUGUUUGCAACAUGUGUGGAUAUCAUCAUAUGUGGAUCUGCUUGCGAGUUGUAUAAUUAUUGCGUCUAUCAUGAUUCACGAGACUGUGACUGACUUUCUGACCCGCGAAUCAUCAGGUCAUCUCCACUUCGUCCCUGCUGCUCGCCGUGGCCACGACGCGCCCGCACCACAACUUCGCGUCAACUGGCGCUGGUUUUCCGUUUUUCUCCUUACCUCGUACGUCGCGACCUUCCUGGUCCUCCGGCCUCGACCCCUCCCUGCUGACCAAACGGUCGUCUUUAGAAGCGGGCUGGCGAACCACCUGACCAUGUGCACAUCAGUGUUCUUAGGCGAGAACAAGGACAUUCUCCAGGAGCAGGGUACUACUACCAAAAGGAGUUUUAACGGAGUAGACACCGAGGACGAACGGGACUUCGGCGUGACGCCUUCAGGAGACGCAGCGAAGAAAGUGGUAACGACUACUAAACCGGCGUCGCGAAAAUCGAAAUCCAGUGCGUCAAAAGCGGUUUCGGAUCGGAAAAAAUCUGCAGCGCCCACCAGUAAGGUCGUAAUUGACAGCUCUAUGAAAAACUCUUCCGUCACCUUACCGAGCACCCUGGGAACAACUCCCCGACGAACGAGAACUUCCGUCGUGAAAAAGCAGGUUGCAAAGCAAGUUUCUAACGUCACUGCAGUGUCGCGAAAGGAGCAGGAGGUGCCUUCUAUGGUGCGGAAUGAAAACAAGGGCGUCGCGGAGGCCGCGAGCAGAGCAGCCCUGGGUGAGAUGAAAAACGUUGCGCAGGAAACAAAGCUGACCGACAAGAACGGUCGUACGAGCGAGGAUUUCCCUGUUGGCGCAGCAAGCGCUGGUGGUCACGUGCUCGCGAGCGACCAGGAGCAGGACCAUCUGCAAUCGGAAGAAGAAGGGAACAACAAACCCAGUGGUGGAGAGGAAGCCGAGAGCGCGCAAUCCUUGUUUGGCGUAAUUGGUGUCGGUGUUGCGUCCGUGGUGUCGCUCCUGGGCGUUGUGCUUUUCAGCGGAACGGACGUGAUGGGGUGAAGAUUUUGGUUUUUCGAGAAGUUACUUUUUCAGGAACAGCAGGUCAAGAAAAUUUUGAAAUGAAUGAAUGAUUUUGUCUGUAGGAUUGUUUCGUUUGGAUAUACGGCCUUGAAGAGAACAAGUACGAAUGAAAAAAUAUUUUCUCAUAGCGUUGCUUGUUUCACAAGAUAGCAACGAGAAUUUUAGAAAAUUGAAUUAGAGUUUACAAUUUCCACCUCGCAGUCAUCUUUUUUAUUCCAAUACCAUCGGUCCUGAAGAGUUUGAUAUUGACAUAUGAAGACAAGGAACUACCUGGAAAACAAACUCAAGUUUGCUUCUUUCGAAGAGUAAAAAUAAAGAGUAUCUACAGCAUUAAAUUCUGUUUCCUCUCGAUGGAUUCUUACACAUGUCUUUUUUUCAAAUAUCAGAUGAUGAUAAAGAGCGAUUUGAAUUUUUGUGAAAGCGGGAACAUACCAUUAGCAUAUGCAUAUUCCUACCGCAUUUGCAUUACAUAACCGGGAUCACUCAGGCUCAGCGUGAUGGAGGCUGAAAAUAAACAUUUUUGCACAUUAUUUUUGAGUUUUAGUCAGAAUACGAAUCUGUACAUCACUUUGUCAACUGCUCCAGCAACAUGCAUCACAAGAGAAAGCGUACCGACGGUGGCAACACUGUAGGAGUGUUAU